CAGGAGGAGGAUCCUCUGAGCUGUAUCCGUGCUGGCUGCACACGCAGACCCCAGACAGAGUCACAGAAGCUGAGCUUUCUGGCCUCCGUCCGUGCUGUCUGCGAAGCGGAGGACUGCGGUGCCCAUUACCGGCUGUGCGUCUGCCCUCUGGAGGUGGCGCAGUGCAUUGAGGCGCUGCUGCAGGAGGAGCCCGCCGAGCGCCUGGACACGGAGCUGCGGCAGCUGGCCAUGAGCGCCGUCGCCGCCAUGAGGUACCGCCCAGCCCAGCGCCGGCCAACGUGGUGGCACCGGUCCCGGCCGGGGGCCCUGAGCGGGGCAGGCAGCGGGGCGCAGGGUGCCGAGCGGAGCAUCGCGCCUUUGCCCUCUCUCCCCUUACAGCAGCGCGUGGCCGCUUCCGGAGGAGCGGAAGAGCGGCCUCCUGCGUGCCUGCCUCAGCAGCGUCCUGCGCCUCCCUCGCCACGAGGACGCGAAGGACCUGGGCGCUGCGCUCUACACGGAGACCAUGGAAGCCCUGCACCGCCUGCUGCAGGGGCUGGUGGGCAGCGCAGGCACCUCUGUCCUCAUGGAGCUGCAGAACAUCUUGGAGCUCCUGCUGCCCUUCACCACGUGCCAGCUGGCGGCCGUGGAGGAGAGGGCCGUGGCGUGCAUUGGCAGGCUGCUCGCCUUCAGCAACACCUGCUCCUUGCCCAAGGUGUGCUCCUGCUUCAUGGGAGCCGUGGUGCUCCGGCAUCACUGCACAGAGAACCAACGCUUCCCUGUGCUGGGGAAGUUGGCUGAACACCUCAUCCAUGGAGCUGCAGCACAGGAUGAGGGGACCAGAGAUGAGGCGAUGAAGGCUAUCCGUCAGCUUUUCAUUUUCAUCACCUCCCAGAGAAUGUGGCUGUGGCAGAAGGAUCCCAAGAACUCACAACUUUGGGAGUGCCAGCAAAUGUUGCUCCACCAGGAGGUUUCCCAAGAGAACCGAGCCAGAAAUAUCUUUGAGAUGUUCCUGAAAUACCUUCAGUACCCUGAAAAGGUGAGCAUCUUCCUCACAGCCAUUGAGAGCAUGACAGCGCCGAGCCUGCACAGCACCGAGCUGGCUGCCCACAUGGUGGAUGUGCUCGCAGCAGAGGCUCGCUUCCCUCCAGGGCAGGUGCGAAAGAUUGUGAAGACGAUCUACGGCAGCCUGCCUUCCAUCGAAGCUGAGCCGGCUCUCGAAAGCCUGGGCAGAGCCCUGCUCGUGCUGGCCGGCAAACACCCGAGGGAGAUGGUUAGCAGCCUGCUGGGCUGCUCCCCCACCUGCACCAGUGUCACCGUCACCAUGUGGAGGGAAAUGCUCUCGGAGCCCUCAGCUGUGGAGAAGGUGCUGCAGGAGCUGCUCCAAGUGCUCACAAACCAUUCUCUGCGACACACAUCCCCAUCCAUCGAGGACUGGCCACGUGUCCUCGCCCUAGCUCAGGCAGCGAGGACCAUCCCUGAGAUACUCCAGCUGCCUCUUGUCAUGAAGGAGGCCGAGGCCAUUUUCCCCCAGCUCUUCCUGGCCCUCCUCCUGCAAGUGUCCUUCACCACGGAGCUGACACUGCAGGAGGUGGAAAUCUUUUGGGGGGAGCACCGGCAGCACCAGCUCACUCCCAUCAGGUCCGCGGUGCAGGCCUUGAAGGUGCUGCUCUGCAGCGUGGGCCUCCAGAGGCAGAUGGAGGCCAUCCAGGAGCAGGGGGGCUGGGACGCGCUUCUCAGCACCGUCACCCACCUCCAGGGCGUGCAGGUGGUGGCCAGGGUGAUGAGGGAACUGCCUGGUGCUCUGCGUGACCCCAUCUUCCAUCAGCUGGUUGAGCUGCUUAGCACCAAGCUGUGCUCCUGGGAGAUGGUGGCCAUGGUCUUCCUCGUUGAGAUGCUGGAGGGCGUGGACCCCAGUGAAGAGCUGCACCGCGUCGUGAGCCUCUUCAACACCUGUCUGCAGAGCCAGAGCGUGGGCACGCAGCAGCUGGUGCUCAGGAGCAUCCUGGAGCUCAGCAAGAGGCCGGACGCGGCGAGGAAAAUGCUCGGCCUGCUGCCGUGCAUCAUGGAGCAGCUGCAGGAUGCAGACAGCGGCGCCCGCGCCGUGGCCCUGCCAGUGCUCAGCACCCUGCUGCGGCUCCUGGAGAGGGGGAAGCUCAGCAUCGUGGCUCUGGAGCUGGCCGCCAAUCUCCCAGCGCUUUUUGAGGACGAGUCCGGCACGGUGCGCCAGCUCUCCAUGCACCUCUUCCUCGACACGCUGAGCUUUGUGGAGGGCAGAGAGAAGAGGAAGAUGCGGAAGGAGGUGUACAGGAGCCUGGUCCCGCUGUAUCUGCACCUGCACGACGAGGAAGAGAGCGUGGCCAAGGCCUCCCAGAAAGCCUUCCUUGGUGCCACGCGGUUCCUGCGCUGGAGGCGGCUGCAGCGCCUGGCAGAGGUGGCGCAGUUCUGGCAGAUCGGCGAGUGCCUGCUGGUGGAGAGGAGGAAGAGCGCAGCACAGGACUACCUGGGCCAGAGCCUGCUCUACCUACAGAGCCCGCAGGAGCCCCUGCGGCGGGAGGCCGUGAGGUUCAUCGGACUCUUAGGGCAGCACAAGAGGGAUCAGCAGCAGGCUGAGAGAGAGAACAUCUACCAGGGCCUUCACAGUGUGCUGCGAGACCCCAGUGGAUCCAUAUCUUUGCAGUCCCUUCAGACGGCAUGGAUCCUGAGAGAGACAGGGCCACCACCACCAUCAGGCUUCGGCUUUUGGCAGCUUUUCUCCAGGCUCCACAGUGUGUGGCACUGGUGGCGCUCCUCACAGGCAGACAGCUGAGCGCCCUGGAAAUCUCCUGGCAUCUCCUCCUGCCCUCUGCUCAGCCCUGCUCCUUACGCAUCUCCUGCUCAGCUCUGCUCCUCGUGCAUCUCCUCCCACCUGCAGCUCAGCUCUGCUCCUUGUGCAUCUUCUCCUGUGCUGGCUCAGUACGUGAGCCUGAAGCUCAGGGUUGUGCAAAUCAGGCUUUGACCGUUAAAAACAGAGAUGGAGGUUUAGGCAAUAAAACAACAGCUUUGGAUUACCCAGAGUGAUGCUUUGAGCUCUCAAAAUGGCAGUUUGAUCCCCAAAAGAGACUUUGAGCCUUAAGAAUCAGGGUUUGGCCCCCAACAUGCAACUUCAGGCCUUCAAAAAGGGGGCUUGAGGCCACUUAGGACAUGCUGGGUCUGAAAAGAAUGAGAACCAAGAAUGGUUCUCUGAACUCAAAGCAGCAGAUUUGGUCUUACAGGAGAGACACUGGGCACUACAGAAGAGGCUCAGAGCACUACAACCGUGCCUUUGGGUCUGCAAAAAAAGCUAUCUGGAGACUGAGAAGAGGCUUUGUGCCCCAGAGACUAUGGUCUGCACCUCAACGUGUAGCCUUAGCCCUUAGAACCGGGUAUCUGGACUCUCCACCUCGGGGCGGAUCCCCAAAUGAUGCUUUGAUCCCUGAAAUUGGGUGUUUGGUUCUCUGAAAGGAGGCUUUUGGCCCUAAACUUCAGGCUCCUAGGAGGAGGAUUUGGGAGCUCAGAAAACAAAAAAAAAAACAAAAAAAAAAAGGAGUUUUCCUCUUGAGGAAAGCACUGGGAGCCUCAGAAUGUGGUUCUACAUCUUAAAAUGAAAUGGAGGGUCUUAAAACUAAAACUAAGGCACUGUACUGUGAAGGUGACAGCCUGGGACGUCCAAAGGAGCAUGUAAACAAUACAGUGACAUCUUUGGAUCCAAGACAGAGGCUCAGAGCCCUGAUGGACAAGGAUUCUGUAAUGAAAAAGGAGACCCUGAGCCCAAAACCUGAAGGUUUAGGUGACCUGAGUGUAUUUGGGUGCACCUAUCAUCCCAGGAGGUCAUGGCUCACCCCUGUGCAUCUCCACCUCAGCCUCACUGUUGUGGUGGGCAGCCACGCUGUUUUUGCCCUGCAGCACUCAGAGAAGAAACCUCACACAAGCAGUAUUCAUUUGUAUUACAGCACACACACACCCUACCACUGCUGAUCUAGGUCAUCUUGGAGGUCUUUGCCAACCACCGAGACGCUGUGAUUCUGUGAAUCGAGUCAUUUAUUGUAGCGAGAGGUAAUGAGCAGCAAGCAACAAAAAGUCAUGGGAACAGCCGAGCGCUUGGUUGGGACACUGCUGGAGCCACAGGCCCAGCAGCACUCAGGUGGGGCCAUGAAGGUGGACGUGUCGCCCAGUGCCUUCAGCAGCACCAACACGCCGGGUUCCAGCGGGGCUGCGUCCGGCACCGGGCCCCUCGCCCUGCGCUGGCUGCAAGAGCCUCCGCCCUGCUGCCUGGGUGCCCUCAGCCCCUGUGAGGUGUGAUGGCGUCACAGAGGGUGGCACGGAAUGGCCAUUGUGACACGCGGGGUGCAGAACAGAGCCAAGGCUGCGGGGCCCAGGCGGAGCUCAGUGCGACUUGGUGAGGUGAGCAGGGAGGAAGGGGCUGCCUGAGGCUGCCCAGGGAGGAGGGUUCCCCAGCGCUCGGGGCCGGAGCUGAGAACUCAGCCUCGUCCCGCUUCUCCCCUAGGUUGUCACGCGGAGGAGAAAGCCUGGUUUUGCUGGGACAGACACUCUGCGAGUGCUCGCCGUUUGUGCACAUGAUGUCCAAGGGGACAAAGAAGCCUGCCAGCUCAUGGCAGAUGGGUGAAACUUGCGUGCUCUGUGGUCAGGGAGAUGCUGACAAAGACAUCUAUGGGCGCAAACUGAUCAUCAGUGGGAUCUAUUUCCACCAGUUUUGUGCACUGUUUGUGGGUGGCCUUCUUCAAGGAGCAGCGAGACAGAAGAGAAAUGAUGACUUAAGCAGGAUUGAGAUUAUACGCACAAUCGUGCAGGCAGAGCAGACGGUGAGCACCAGACCGGAACAGGGAGCUUGGUGCCAGCGGAGGCACGGCUGAGCUUUGCCUGGUCUCAAGAACACAAUCCCGGCCCUUCCAGCCAGCCCCAAGAGAAAUCCCUGCUCUUGCAGACCAGCCCUGUUCAGCAGGCAGCUCUGCAGAGUGCCAGCCAGCCCUGCCCCCAUCCCGUGCCCUGCACAGAGGUGCGGGGCCCGCUGCGUAGGCCCUGAGCCUGCAGCUGAUGGGAAAUGCUCUGCUCUUUACAGCUCUGCUUCGUUUGUGGCAAUCUGGGGGCCUUCAUCACCUGCGCAGAGCCGGGCUGCGACCGCAGCUUC